AUGGCAUGGUGGUGGCCACUCCUGCUAGAGCUGUGGACAGUCAUAUCCACCUGGGCUGGGGACGAGCUGCUCAACAUCUGCAUGAAUGCCAAACACCACAAGAGAGCGCCCAGCCCAGAAGACAAGCUCUAUGAGGAGUGCAUCCCCUGGAAGGACAAUGCCUGCUGCACACUCACGACAAGCUGGGAAGCCCAUCUGGACGUGUCCCCACUCUACAACUUCAGCCUGUUUCACUGUGGACUGCUGAUGCCUGGCUGUCGGAAGCACUUCAUCCAGGCCAUCUGCUUCUAUGAGUGCUCCCCAAACCUGGGGCCCUGGAUCCAGCCAGUGGGAAGCCUGGGGUGGGAGGUGGCCCCGAGUGGGCAGGGAGAGCGAGUUGUGAAUGCGCCGCUGUGCCAGGAGGACUGUGAGGAGUGGUGGGAAGACUGUCGCAUGUCUUACACAUGCAAAUCCAACUGGCGUGGCGGCUGGGACUGGAGUCAGGGGAAGAACCGCUGCCCCAAAGGGGCCCAGUGCCUCCCUUUCUCCCAUUACUUCCCCACCCCAGCUGACCUGUGUGAGAAGACUUGGAGCAACUCCUUCAAGGCCAGCCCUGAGCGACGGAACAGUGGGCGGUGUCUCCAGAAGUGGUUUGAGCCUGCUCAGGGCAACCCCAAUGUGGCCGUGGCCCGCCUCUUUGCCAGCUCUGCCCCAUCCUGGGAACUGUCCUACACCCUCAUGGUCUGUUCCCUGUUCCUGCCUUUCCUUUCCUGA